GUGGCAACAGUCUUUUUGUUGUGUUUACUGUCGGUAGGAUUAUUCAGACUCAUUUUUCAUUGAUAUUUGACCACAGCUGUAACAUCAUGACUCUGCCUGUUUUCACUGCUCCCUCACAUUCAGUUCUAACUUACACUUGUAGCCCUUAUUGCUGACACAUGGAGUGUGUCUCUUUAAAAUGAUGCUGGACUUUACGGGGAUUCCCUGGACCAGUGAAUGCAGCACCUCCAUCCUCCUCUCUCUCUCACACCCUCAGUCUACUGUGCAGCAGCAGCAUCACUGGAAUCAGCAUCAGCAUCAGCAGCAUCCGUGGACCAGGGCGCGACUCUGAGCUGAUAUGCUCCUCUCUUCCCUCAUGGCUCCUUCUUUUCUACUCUUAUCACAUGUUUUGAUCCUUUUCGUCCUCGUCCAUGCCUCUGAAGAUCUAAGAGGUAACAUGCGAGAGGUAAAGGUAAAGGCGGGAGAGGAAGUCACUCUGGAGUGUCAGGGUCCUACCCACGCUCCCAUAGAGGUCCUGAAGUGGAUCAGACCAGACCUGAUGUCAGACCGGGGGUUAGAGGGCUAUGUCUUCUUCUAUCGAGAUGAACGGUCUCAUGAAUCCUACCAUCAUCAGCUGUUCGUGGGCCGAGUAGAACUGAGAGACCCGGAGAUGAAGGACGGAGACGUGUCUCUGAUUCUGAGGAACGUCAGCACCAACGACACUGGAAGAUACGAGGGUCACGUGUCGGUGAGCAACACAGGACGCAGGAAGAGAGCCCAGUCUGAGCUCUGGUGUGUCAUCAAGCUGACCGUCGAAGACCCAGGUCCAACACAUGAAGAAACCUGGUUCAGACAAAUCGCUCAGGUCCUGGGGCUGGAAGAAAACCACCUGCUUUAUGUUUUAGUUUCUGUUGCUGUUGUUGUGAUUCUUCUGACUGGACUUUGUUGCGCAGUAAUCAAGAAAUAUAAGAAUCACAGUCAGAACUAUGGACCCUCAAUGCAGGAGUCUGAAGAGAUGGCUAUGAAGGCCCAAGACCCUUGUAGUUGUGAUAGUCGGUCACACUGCUAACAUCUGGAAAAAUGUCUCUGUUGGACCUCCAUUCUGUUUGAGUUGCUCUGGUCUCACUGUGUACAGUUUCUUUAAUAUGCUGAGAAGAAGCUAGUGGAUAAAAUGUUGAUCUUUGAUGCAUCAUCUGAACUCUUCACCGGUUUACUUUACUUCAGUGUUGUACUCAAGGUGAGCCAUCAUCCAAACAAAUGAAUAACAAGAGGGAAGCUUCAAAGUUCAGAAUCCAUCUGCUGAGAAAACAGGGGAGCAGCAGCCAUCAUCUUCCUCUCAUUCUCUGAUUCAGACACAGAUAACGAAGUGGAAACUACAGAGAAAACUCUGGACAGUCCAAAGCUGAUGUGGAUAAGUGGAGUGAAAAGUGAAAAGGCCCAUCAUCCAAUCAGAGAGAGAGCUUUAGCAAGUCCUUUAGUUUGGAAUGGGUUUAAAAAACUGUAACAUCAAACUCAAUUGUACAAAGACUUUCUCGUUGCACACAGUGAACUGUCAGAUGUGCAUGUCUUAACGUCUUUUUUUGCCAGAUGCCACUUUCAAACUUUGAUUUCAGGCCAAAGCAAAGUCCUGGAAGCUUUCCAGUAAGCUAAGGUGCCUCUUCUUUUCUGUGUUAAACCAGACCUGGAUCUUUCCCUGACCCGAACCAGGAGCUGUGAGAGUCUGAACAGAACCAGGAAACUAUUUCAUAAAGCUGGAGUCUCUACAGGUGGAUGAUUGCUGCAAGAUUUCCUCAUUACGUCGACAGUAAAAUGAUCCGGUCGUAAUGUGUCAUUAUUUAUUGUUAUUGUAUGUAAGAAAACCUAAUUCUACCAAAGUCUACUAAAAUAAUAUUGUAGAAUUAUUCCUAAUGAGAUAACACCUGUGUAGUUUAGAACACAUGAAUCAAUAUAAAAUAACAUUAUAUAUGUUACCAAAACCUGAAUGUAUCAUGUGCAGUAACAAAGGUUCCACUGCUCUGCAUGGCUACACACCCUGAACACUGGACGUUCUGCUGCAUCAUUGACUAUUAUUGUUCAGAGGUGGAUUUAUAUUUAUAUUAUAUUCAUAAUUAAUAUAAUUAAUAUAAAUAACAUUCACUGUAUCAUCACCUGAUACUGAAGGCCACUGGUUCUCCUGCAUGUUUGGAAAGGGAAGGGUACUUACUUACUUCAGAUUGUCAAACCAUCUAUCAUGUUUUAAAGAUGAAUGUUUUUCUUACUGUGAUUAUUUGUGGUGUCAUAUCCAGUCUGCUUUUUAACAAGUGUGGUUGUCUUCAACUUCUAACUGUCGUCUCAAUAAACUGCUGGUCAAACUUUGUAAUAUUCCCAAACAGAGCUGCAGGAGGAGAGAGAAUACGACAGUGUGUUUAACGGUCUCACCUCAUAUUUUCAGACAUACAGUCUCUAUAUAGUGUAGUGUAUAGUGUAUGCCACUGAGUCAGUCUACUUCUGGAUCAAAACAUGUACAGGACUCCUCAGCAGCCAAUGAGAACAUGGAGGGGGUUUGAGAGUGUAUGACGUUUGAAGAAU